GUUUCAUAGCCUCCGUUCUAAUUUCCUUCCUCCUCCUCCUUAGCUCGUAUUGACCUACCCUGCCAACAGUGUCCGCACCGAAAGCUUUUUUGUUUUCCCCUUCCCCUUAGCAGUAUAGUUACUUUUAGGUAGAAAAACAUGGACGAUUUCGACAUGCUGAGCGCUUCCCCGCCAGCCGCCGGGAAUGGGGUCGGUACGGAAGAGGACCCCGCCGCAGCUUUCUUGGCCCAGCAGGAGAGUGAGAUCGCAGGGAUCGAGAAUGACGAGGGAUUCAGCAUCCUGGACAGCGGAGAGGUCCCGGACUCCCUUACCAAUAAUAUCGAGGUGGAACCAGAUGCAGACGCUGAUGCAGUUGAUGCAGUCGAUGCAGUUGAUGCCAUCGAUGCAGUCGAUGGACCAGUAAAUGGAGAAAUACACGAGGAGGUGGAGGAGAGUAACGGCUCGUUCGACACGUACGCCGCCAUCUCCAGCGCUGACCGCCUGCAGGCCGAGCCCGAGAGCCUGCGCAAGUGGAGGGAGGAGCAGCAGGAGCGCCUGGAGGCUCUGGAUGAAAACUCGCGCACGCAGGAGGCUGAGUGGAAGAGCAAGGCGAAGGCGGAGCUGGAGGAGUGGCACAAUCGGCAGAACGAACAGCUGGAGAAGACCAAAGUCAACAACAGGGUGCUGGACGAAGAUUUCUACAAACAGCCCUUCUCUGAGCUCAUUGGUUAUGUCACACACAUUAACCAUCCUUGCUACCGCCUAGACCAUUAGGAGCUGGGUGUUCUCUUUGUGGUGGUGCUGUGUUGGUCCCGCGAGUCCUGUGCGUUUCUGUACUUCCUGUGACGUUGGAUCUCCAUUGGCUUCUCAUUCCCAUCGCUGUGUGUGUGUUGUAGUUUUAGAGCGCUCCUUUUUCUGUCUCAGAGAGAGGGCAGGGCAGGGUACGUUGGGACCAGAUCUGGGUCUGUUACGUAAUUGUUUUGGAUUCAAAUGCUUUUCUGUCCUCGACUGAUCUUGCCUGGUAAUUGAGGCAGCCAAGAGGACAAGAAGGUGGGGUUUGCACUUUGAGAGUAUUUCAUUCUGAUACACCAGACAAGCUCAGUAAAGCAUAGAAAAGUAUUUGAAUGCAAAGCGAUCAUGUAAUUGACCCAGUUCUGAUUGGGACAGGACAGGUUGGUAACACAGUUUGGUUUGUGCUGAGGUGUCUUUUUCGGUCUGUAGUUCAGACUGUUUAAUUCGUUUAAUUUUCAUUGUCCUGUUGUCAGGGCAUCCUCCUUUGACCUGUUGCGGUCAGCCCGUAAAAACCGGGAAAGCAUUGUAUCCGUCAACACCAAAGUUCACAACCUGUUCAGUCUAUUGCGAACUUGUCAUGGUGCUUUUGAACAACCAAACGGAUAUUUUACCUUUUGGACUGUGGUGUUCCCCACACUGUAACCACAGUGCACAGCAUGGCGAGCUUGGCAUCUAAAGGCCCUUUUUUGGUUGCUUAAAAAAAUUUACUUGCCAUGAAGUUAAUAGAAUAUUCAGUACAUUGUUUUGGAGAGGGCAGGGGGGAUUUGAAAGAAUAUUCUAUGCAAGUGCAGAGCAAGUUUUCAAUCAGUUCUCUGACAAGAACUGAGUUUUUAACAAACCAAGCUGCUUCACGAACAGCAAGUCAGACCAGUACGACUCGGCUGUUUCUGUAGCUCUGAGAAGAUUUAGGCAAGCCUGUUCAGAGGGUGGGCGCAUGCUUUAUGGAAUAUUCUGGAAUUAUCAUUUUUGUGUUUUGAUGUGGGUCACAACUGGGAAUUCUGUAUAGAUGUGGGCAUCCGUUCCUGGGGUUUGAUUGGACUCCUCUCUCCGCUCCCCCCAAAGCAAACAGUUAAAAGUUAGCACUCAAAACCUCACUUGCAUAUUAAAAUGUAAUAGCAGGUACUGCUAGCCGCUUGGCGCAGACCCAGAAGCACAAUGCAGUCUUACCCGGAUUGUGCAGAAAACAUUUAAUCUCAGCUAAACUGCAAUUUUUAAUCAGGCUGUUCUAAAUUGAUUACUGAGCUUUGAAGCCAGGAGUCUGGCUUCAGUGAGCGAUGGAGGGGGUGGAGCUGGGUGUGUAAAGGGGGUGGAGACGGUCCCCCAGGGACCGGGGGCCCGGGCCCUCUCUGACGGCGUCUG